AUGAUGACAUCAGGAGGAAAAUAUUCAUCGAUUAAUAAUCAACAGUUACAAGGAUCUGUUCCGGCCGUUCCAGAUCCACCAACUGUCACCGUCAAAUUCACCGAUUCAAAUCUUCAGACAUUUCCUCCAUCACAAGCUCAAGGGAAGAUUACCGGUGGUUCUAGACCACCUCGAGAUGCAGAUGAUUCAUUUUCAAAACCUGUAUCUGGUGGUUCUUCUGAUGAACCUCAGCAGGGUGGUUGGCUUCGAAAUUUUACAGUUGCUGCUUACAAACCAUACUUUGAUGUCGACACUUCAGAUGUUCUAGAGAGGAUUAUAGACUCAGUUUUUCCAUUCAGAGGAACAUUUAAUGAAAAAACUUCUAUCAACCCUGAUUUGUACGGGCCAUUCUGGAUUUGUACUACAUUAAUAUUUCUAGCAGCAUCUAUGGGCACAUUUGUGACAUAUAUAGCACACAAGCUGAAGGAUCAAGAAUGGAACUAUGACAUAAAUCUGGUGACUUGGUCUGCUGGUUUGUUUUAUGGCUAUGUUACUAUCGUCCCUCUUGGCCUGUAUGUAAUCCUCAAAUACUUCUCUGUACCGGCGGGACUUGUUCAACUAUUCUGCCUAUAUGGAUAUUCCCUGUUUAUCUUUAUUCCAGCUCUGUGCAUGUCCAUUGUCCCACUGGAUAUAUUCAGAUGGGUGAUUGCAGGUGUGGCAGGGUUCAUGUCAGCAACAUUUGUUGCACUUAACCUACGGGCUCAUAUUAAGUCAGCAGGGGAACAGUGGUUCUUCAUCGUUGCUGGCAUUUUUCUGUUGCAGUUGGCUCUAUCCGUUGUUUUAAAGAUAUACCUCUUUACAGUAUCAGUUUAA